GUACUGAAACCUAAUUCGUGACCAAUUAUAACAAAUAAAAGUUAUAAUGCACCGUUCAUUGCGGGCGAGUUUUCCCGCGGAUUUCAACACGUGACAUACCGGCGUAAACAAAGCAAGAACGAUGUCUGCUCCAGUUACUCCACGCAGAAGUAAGCGAGGGCGACCAGAAGAACCAAGCAGCCCAACAUCAGAAACUUCGACUGCAACAACACCGAGACGCAGUGCAAGGAAAGCAAAAGCUGCAAAAGAUGAUGAAGCGUCUUCCCCACCAGCCCAGAGACGAAGAGUUGAAGCCUCACCAGGUGGCGACAUGGCUCCUCUUCCUUCCUCACCUGCUGCUCCUGCUACUGGUGGAGAGUCAUCCCUGUUUUCCAGUCCUCCACAAUCACGAGCUGGUGCUCCUACAAGUGAAAUUGAUUUAAGUUCUCCCUUGAACUAUGGAACGCCUAGUAGUCGAGGUCCGCGUACCCCUGGUGUGGGAGAGACUCCCAUCAGGUCGCGUCCAGAUAUUCACAGUGAGAGAAAGAUGAGGACUGUGACAAUUGGAAGCUCUGAACAAAGUGAAGGAACAAAGAUAACAAGUGACAUUACAAGUGAUGCCAAUGCCGGACCACAGCUUGUCAUCUGGGGAACGGACGUUGUUGUAAGUCAUUGUAAAGAAAAAUUCCGAAGAUUUAUACUGAAGUUUGUAGAGAAGAAUAUUGAUGAAGAUGAGGCAUUUGAGGGUAUGGAUGUCAGCCAGCCUUACUAUCUACAGAGACUUGAGGAGAUUAAUGCCAUAGGAGAACCAUUCCUGAACAUAAACUGUGAGCACCUGCGCGAGUUUGAUGCUGAUCUGUAUCGUCAGCUGAUCAACUACCCUCAGGAAGUGAUUCCAACUUUUGACAUGGCCGUGAAUGAGAUGUUCUUUGAUAAAUACCCAGCAGCUAUUUUGGAACACCAAAUACAAGUGAGGCCAUACAAUGCUGAAAAGACCAGAAAUAUGCGUUCCCUUAACCCAGAAGACAUUGACCAGUUGAUCACAAUCAGUGGUAUGGUGAUCAGGUUAUCUCCCUUGAUUCCUGAGAUGCGUGAAGCAUUUUUCUCCUGUUAUGUUUGUCACAACACUGCCACGGUGGAAAUUGAGAGAGGCAGGAUCGCUGAGCCGACACUAUGUACCAACUGUAACACAAACCAUAGUUUUGCCCUCGUACACAACAGGUCCCACUUUAGUGAUAAACAGCACAUUAAAUUACAAGAAUCUCCAGACGAUAUGCCACCUGGUCAGACCCCACACACAGUGGUACUGUAUGCUCACAGUGAUCUAGUGGACAAAGUACAGCCGGGAGACAGAGUCACCAUCACUGGUAUCUACAGGGCCAUGCCCCUACGUGUGAACCCUCGUAUGCGUAAUGUGAAGUCUGUGUAUAAGACACACAUCGACGUUGUCCACUUCAGAAAGAUGGAUGUAAAACGUCUCCAUGAAGCUGAAGACGAUGAAAGCAAAUCAUCUCGACUUCCACCAGAAAGAGUUGAACUGAUACAGAAACUUGCAAAGGAAUCUGAUAUCUAUGAGAGACUGGCUAGAGCUAUAGCACCAAGUAUAUAUGAGAAUGAUGAUAUUAAAAAGGGCAUUUUACUACAGCUGUUUGGUGGAACUAGAAAGGACUUUACAAAUACAGGGAGAGGAAAGUUUAGAUCUGAAUUGAAUAUUUUACUGUGUGGAGAUCCUGGUACCAGUAAAUCUCAGUUGCUGCAAUAUGUUCAUAAUCUGGUUCCGCGUGGUCAAUAUACAUCAGGCAAAGGUUCAAGUGCUACUGGUUUGACUGCUUAUAUCACAAAAGACCCAGAUACCAGACAACUGGUACUGCAAACGGGAGCAUUGGUGCUCAGUGACAAUGGUAUAUGCUGUAUUGAUGAGUUUGACAAGAUGAGUGACAGUACCAGAUCAAUACUGCAUGAAGUCAUGGUAACCUAA